AUGGCCAACGAACUAAGUGAUUUCGCUAUCAAGCCUCAAAAACAUACCCCGAAUUUGAACACAUCGGAAUGGCCUUUACUUUUAAAAAAUUAUGAUAAACUUCACGUUCGUACAGGGCAUUACACCCCUGUUAUUCAGGGAUGCUCACCACUUAAACGUGAAUUAAAUGAUUAUAUAAGAUAUGGAAUCAUCAAUCUCGAUAAACCUGCCAAUCCCUCAUCACACGAGGUUGUUGCGUGGGUACGACGUAUCCUCGAAGUUGAAAAGACAGGACACAGUGGUACAUUAGAUCCUAAAGUAACGGGAUGUUUGAUAGUUUGUGUAGAUCGGGCGACUCGUUUAGUUAAAUCACAACAAAGUGCAGGAAAGGAAUACGUGUGCGUUGUUCGAUUUCAUGAGGCUCUUGAAUCUGCCAAGAAGUUUGUACAAGGCUUAGAGACCCUUACUGGAGCUCUAUUCCAACGGCCUCCUUUGAUAUCUGCUGUAAAACGUCAAUUACGUAUUCGUACCAUUCAUGAAACAAACUUGAUUGAAUACGACGAAAAUCGUCACUUGGGUGUGUUUUGGGUCAGCUGUGAAGCUGGAACUUAUAUCAGAACGCUUUGCGUACAUUUGGGUUUGAUCCUUGGUGUCGGUGCUCAUAUGGCAGAACUUCGACGUGUUCGUUCCGGUGCAAUGUCCGAGAAUGAUGAUAUGGUAACAAUGCAUGAUGUUUUGGAUGCCAAAUGGGUUCACAAGAAUACGAAAGACGAAUCAUAUCUUCGAAGGGUUAUUCGUCCUCUUGAAUCUCUCUUGAUAACUUAUAAGAGAAUUGUUGUCAAAGAUAGCGCUGUAAAUGCUAUUUGUUACGGCGCCAAACUUAUGAUACCAGGUCUGCUUAGAUAUGAGGAUGGUAUUGAACUUCACGAAGAAAUUGUUCUAAUGACCACAAAAGGAGAAGCUAUCGCUCUUGGUAUAGCAUUGAUGACAACUGCGGUUAUGAGUUCCGUGGAUCAUGGAGUUGUCGCAAAAAUUAAGAGAGUAAUUAUGGAACGAGAUACGUAUCCAAGAGCAUGGGGGUUAGGACCCAAGGCUAUGGAAAAAAAGAAACUCAUUUUCGAAGGAAAAUUAGAUAAAUAUGGUCGCGUAAAUGAUAACACCCCUGAAUCUUGGAAGACUUCAUUUGUAGACCUCAGUGCAGUUGGUACCAAGAGCGAUGCAGUACCAACUACACCUGCGAAUUUAAUUUCUACUACGCCGUCUACAUCCGCAGUAGUUUCAGCACCUGUUCCCGAGUUAGUAGAAGGUGGAACAAGUAAAGCUGUGAAGAGGAAAGCCGAAGAAGAAUCUGAUGUUCCUGAAGCAGAAGAAGGAUCCAAACCAUCGAAGAGAGAAAAGAAAGCAAAGAAGGUUAAGAUUAAGGAGACUUCCACAAAGAAGAGAAAAUCAGAUGAAGAAAGUGAUGCUGAAGAAGUGAUAGAGAAGACUUCAAAAAAGAAAUCUAAAAAAGAAAAGAAGUCUGCAGUUUCUGAAGUUGAAGUUGCGACAAUUCGUGAUUUGAGCAAAACUGCCGAAGACGACGAUGUAUCUCAGCCUGAUAUGAAAAGAAUUCGUGCCGAACCUUCGGCUACUAACGAUCUUUAUCUGGACACCAUAAAUCGGCAUAUGUUGGACUUUGACUUUGAAAAAGUCUGCUCGGUUUCUUUGUCAAAUUUAAACGUAUAUGCGUGUUUGGUGUGUGGUAAAUAUUUCCAAGGCCGAGGACGUCAAUCACACGCGUAUUUUCAUAGUUUGCAUGAGAAUCACCACGUUUUCAUCAAUUUACAUACUCUUAGGGUAUACGUUUUACCUGAUGGAUACGAAGUCAAUGAUUCAUCAUUAGAUGAUAUUAAGUAUGUACUUCAUCCAACUUUUACGAAAGAACAAGUCGCGAAAUUGGAUCAAAAUAUAAGACAUUCAUAUGACUUAAAUAACAAAAAAUAUUUGCCAGGUUUUGUGGGUCUUAACAAUGUAAAAGCCAACGAUUAUGUUAAUGUUAUAAUACAAGCGUUGGCACACAUUCCACCCCUUCGAGAUUUCUUCAUCUUGCAAAACUUUGAAUCAAAGUCUCAAUUGGUGCAAAGGUUCAGUACUCUGGUUAGAAAAAUUUGGAAUCCCAGAGCAUUUAAAGGCCAAGUCAGCCCACAUGAGUUACUUCAGGAGAUUGUUAACGCGAGCGGCAAAAAAUUUAAACUUGCUGAACAAAGUGAUCCUCUUGAAUUUCUUUCCUGGUUUUUGAAUACAUUGCAUAAAGAUUUGGGUGGAACGAGAAAACCAAAGUCGAGUAUUAUUUAUAAGAUAUUUCAAGGUGAGGUCAAAGUUGAAGCACAGUCGGUUCUUAUAAAAGAUGAUGCUGAUGAAGAAGAACGAUUGUUGUUCGAUCUUGACAGAGAAAUUUCGGUCAAUAUAUCACCUUUUCUAUUUUUAACGUUGGAUUUACCUGCGCCUCCCCUGUUCAAGGAUGGGGUUGAAAAGAACAUUAUACCUCAGAUUGCUUUGACAACGAUACUUGCUAAAUAUGAUGGUCGUACUUCUCAAGAAUCGGUUGGAACUUUGAAAAGGUUCCAACUUACUCGUCUACCAAAUUAUAUCGUUUUUCAUAUCAAACGAUUUACUAAAAAUAAUUGGUCUGCGGAGAAAAAUCCAACAAUAGUUAACUUUCCAAUCAAAAAUAUUGACAUGAGAGACUACCUUGAGAAUCUGGAUGAAGAUAUGCUUGAUACUCGCUAUGAUUUAAUCGCAAAUAUUUGCCAUGAAGGUAGGCCAGGAAAGGGCAAUGGUAUCUAUAAAGUUCAUGUUCAACAUCGUGGAAAAGAUCAAUGGUAUCAAAUUCAAGAUUUAAUUGUUGAGGAAAUCAAUGCACAAAUGAUAUUUUUAUCUGAGAGCUAUAUUCAGAUAUGGGAAAGAAAGGAGCAUGACUUGUGUUAA